AUAAAUUUCACAGGCUUUCAAUCUGCCGAAGCUAAAUUGCCACAAAAUCAUACCAUUUGACAAAGCUGUUGAUCUCCGGAUAUCGACUCAAUAACAUCAACUGAUUUUGGUUACACUCUGUUGUGAAGAAUUGCCAAUGAAGAGAGAAGAUCUGCAUUUUCACCAUGUCUAAAAACCUGCUGCCUGGGAUGCAAUGUAUAGCAAGGUUUGACCAUACCAAACCUAAGCCACAGGAGCUGACAUUUCGUAAAGGAGACUUGAUCACAAUUGUUAGUGCCUGUGAGAAUAAAGGCUGGUACCAGGCCCAUCACCAUGCCAGUGGCGAUGUGGGUAUCAUUUCUGGUAGUGCACUGCGUGAGCGGCCCCCGAUUAAGGCGAAACCCCAGCUCAGCUUAAUGCCCUGGUUUCAUGGGGCUAUUACUGGACCUCAAGCUGUUCAGGAGCUACAGCCCCCAAAGGAUGGACUAUUCCUGGUGCGCGAGUCCAUCCGGUAUCCUGGGGACUAUGUCCUAUGUGUGUGCUACGGUGGCGAGGUUAUUCAUUAUCGGAUAGAGUACCAGGAUGGGACACUGAGUGUUGAUUGCAGCAAGAAAUUCAGCAACCUCAUCGACAUGAUUGAGUAUUACUCCACUUGUCAAGGAGUGCUAUGCAGUAAGCUACUGAACCCAAAACACAAACAAGGAAUAAAAUCAGCAGAAGAAGUGCUUUCAAAGGCCGGUUGGUUACUAAGUUUUCAGCAUCUGACUCUGGGAAAGAAGAUUGGAGAGGGAGAAUUUGGAGAUGUCAUGCAAGGAGAGUACUUGGGUUGUCCUGUGGCAAUAAAGAAUAUUAAGUGUGAUGCCACUGCACAGAAUUUCUUGGCAGAAACAGCCACAAUGACUAAAUUACAGCACAAAAAUUUGGUUACCCUAAAAGGAGUUGUGCUGCACAAUGGGCUAUAUUUGGUCAUGGAGCUAUUGGCUAAGGGAAAUUUGGUGAACUAUCUGCGAUCUAGAGGACGGAGUAUCGUCCCCCCCCAGCAACUUCGUUUUUCACUGGACGUGGCUGAGGGCAUGGCAUACCUUGAGGAGAAGCGGCUUGUACACCGGGAUUUGGCUGCACGGAAUAUUCUGUUGUCUGAGAAUGACGAUGCAAAAAUCAGUGAUUUUGGUCUGUCCAAGUCACAGCUUCAGCUAGAAGACCUGAGUAGGCUUCCAAUUAAGUGGACUGCACCAGAGGCCCUACACGACAAAAAAUUUUCAUCCCUCUCAGAUGUGUGGAGUUUUGGGGUACUGCUAUGGGAAGUAUAUUCCUAUGGACGGUCACCAUACCCUAAAAUGUCAAUAAAGAAAGCAGUUGAAGCAUUGAAGCAAGGUUACCGUAUGGAGUCCCCUGAGAAUUGUCCACCAGUCAUGUACAGCCUCAUGAGAGACUGUUGGAUGGAGGAGCCAGAGAAACGGCCCACUUUCAAGAAAAUAAAAGAAAAAUUAGAGAAAAUGCUAAGGGAGAGUGAGUUCUGAGAUAAGAAGCAUUCCAACUACUUAUCUGCCACCAACCUGAAGACAUCAGUUAGAUUACCAGAUGAUAUGCUAGUGACAUUUGUCAACAGGUGUUUUGAUGACAUAGGCAUUUGUAAAAUUUGUAAUAUAUGAGGACAUGAGCGGAAAUCAGCAAGCAGUAUUUGUGUUCCACUUUCAUCUGUCUGUUUUGAACCAGACCACAAUAUCACACGAUAUUCAAUCAUUGUUUUUAAUUUGGCCCCUUGACCUACCCAAAUUGACCUACUCAAAUUGUUAGAAAAAAAAAUGGAGGUACCACCACUGCACCGGUUGUACUUUUGGCUUUUACACACACACAAUAUAUAUAUAUAUAUAUAUAUAGAUUAUUUAAUACUUAAAAUAUAGUAAAUGCAGAUAAAAUCAUUAAGAGUUCUCGAGUGGCAUCACUUCCUUCGUCUAGGGGUUAAUACUUUAUGCCCAGGUAGCACAAAUAAAGAGCAUGUAGGCAGACUAUGCAAGGCUAAGACAGUUAGGCUACAUUGGGAGUCAGUAAAGAUGUUAUAGGCCAAAUUAUCACACAAUACAGCUACACAAAUACUUUUCACACUAUUUAAGAGGGGGGUAUUUCACUAGCAUUUACCCCUAGGCGAAUAAGCAGCAAUGCACUCUACUUUGUGGAGUGUCCCAGGAAACCUUCAAACUGCUACUGCUCGGGGUCCAGUCCACGUAAAUCACUUUAUGGACCUAAUCAUCUAGGAACCCCGGGCUAUGCAUCGAUACCUGGAGAUUGCCACCGCUCCCUUGGGAUCACCCCGAAACCAAAGAUUUAGGGUUAUACGGGCAUUGCUGUGUUUGGUGGCCUGAUUGUGGCGCCGGGCUGUCUGGGCAGGGUUUUAUUUGUGGUGAUGGGAUUAUCUGCUUUUUCUGAUAGAGUUUUGUAUAUAAGGCUGCAUGUUUUCACAAUAAAGUGUUCAUUGUUUUAAGCUCAA